UCGCUUUCUCGGUCCGAAUCUCUCUCACUUCAUGCGGCCAUCAUUGUAAACAAUAGGGAACUUUGCGUAUAUGUUCAACUGACUACGUCACGCUACUUCCGGUAGGGGCAAGCCUUUUUUUUAUCAGAUACCAAAAGUUGCAAUCUUUAUCGUCGUUGUUCUAUACUAAAUCCUUUCAGCAAAAAUAUGGCAAUAUCGCGAAAUGAUCAAGUAUGACACAUAGAAUAGAUCUGCUAUCCCCGUUUAAAUAAAAAAAAUUCAUUUCAGUAGGCCUUUAACUACAAGCAAUUCAGGAAUCUUAUAUCGCUGAGCUGGACCAAGGGCUUCCAGGUGACCUGCCGCUGCACUGCACUGUGAGGUGGCUGUCAAAAGGUAAGGUAAUCUCUCGCUUUUUUGAGCUUUUGGAAGCUGUGAAACUGUUCAUGGAAAAGAAGGACAAGGACUGUCCCGAGCUCUCGGACCUUGAGUGAAUUAUGGAUCUGGCCUUUUUGGUCGACAUGCUGUGUCACUUGGACAGACUGAACCUGACCCUGCAGGGUAAGUUAAAAAUGCUGCCUGACCUGGUGCAAAGUGUGUUUGCGUUCAUCAACAAACUGAAGCUGUUCAAGGCGCAUAUUCAAAAGAGAGAUUUAACGCAUUUUCCCACUCUGAAAAGCCAGUGGGCAAGUCACCAGCGCUGCCCUGCGACACUGGUUGAAAACCUAGACGAAAGCUUUGUGACCCGGUUCCAUGAUCUCCAACUGAAAAGGCCACAGAUUACAUUCCUCGUCGACCCAUUUAAUGCGGAUACAGACUGUUUGAAAGCCCCGCUCGUCACAGAUGAGGCUGCGGCUGAGUUGGAGAUGAUCGAUCUUUGUGAGGAGGACCAACUGAAAGUUAAAGGGAAGGGACCAUUGAGUUCUGGAAAAGUGUGCCAAUGGAAAAAUACCCCAAUGUCAAACGGGCUGCGCUUAAGAUACUGUCAAUGUUUGGGUCAACAUACGUCUGCGAGUCUGUGUUUUCUACCCUGAAACAUAGGAAAUCCAAGCAUCGAUCUGUUCUGACUGACACCCAUGUGAAAGAAUUGCUUACAGGGGCAACAACGGAAUACAAGCCAGAUUUGAAGACGAUUGUCCAUGACAAGGAAUGCCAGAAGUCCCACUAAGCAACAUGCAUAAUAAGAGAAAAAAUAUUAUAUUUUUGUAUGUGGACUUGGUUGAACUGAGAGUUUGUGCGUGUGAGACAGUACACAAUGUUAAUUGUUGAAAAUAACUGGCCUUGUUUUAGUUAUAUUAUAAAACUUACAAACGUUGCUUGGAGUGAUGAAUAUAGAAUCCAUUUGGGUAGGAACGCUAUGGACGGCUAGAAGACAGAACGGCACAAGUACUUCCGGUUGAAAGCACUAAAAGGAAGGAAAUAUUGUAAAUGUUCACCCCGCAAUGAGCGAACUCGUCCAAAAGAUGGCGCCAUAGCACAAACUGUAACACACCUUUUUAGCGUCUCUGUCAGUCUUACAUGAAAACCUAUAAAUUAGCCACACCGUUUUAUAAGCCGCAGGAUUCAAAGCGUUGGAAAAAAGUAGCAGCUUAUAGGCGGGAAAAUACGCUACUAUAAAUUGAAAAAACUCUGUCGACUGAGCUUACACAUUAUAGUGUCUUCAAAGUGUGCAGUUCUGUUACUAAAAUAUGGACUUUUGUCGAGGCUCGAACCAAUUAUUCAUGUUUAAAUUGAUUCUUACCCCAGAUUCCCACUGAAUCCGAAACGGCCGCGGAUCUGCCCUCUGGCAAUCCCCACCGCCGUUCUGUUGCGGCUCCGUCGUGCAGCGGAAUAGCGUGGACUUUUCGAUCUCGCGAAUCGGCACAUAAUCACACGAUAAGGGAAGUAGUAAUAAAGCGACCAAUAAAGUCGGUCCUGCCUUGAUAAACCACUUUUAUUAGUGUCACACAACCACUUUCCCGGUCUCCGUAUCACCUGAUAUUUGACAAAAGCCCACAUUAUUCUUUAAAUGUGGACCUCCAGAAUCAGCAUGUGUUCAUCCUUUUGUGUCAACAAAAUGAAAUUAAGUCUGAAAACCUUUGACAAGUUGACUUCAUGUCUGUUGCCGCCUAUUAGGACCAUUCAAAGUGUAAAAUACGAUAUACCCUUGAAGACAGAGUAUUUAUUUUGAAAGUAAACCGGAUACUUUAUUUUGUGUUUGUGCAUAACUUCCUGUCCAACACUAGCAGAUUUUAGUCAAAAUGAACGGAUUUGUUGUGGUGUCCGGCAAAAAUAAAAGCUCCGCGUAUAUUCAGCGCUCGGCAUGUCGGUGGAAACUGACACAUUGACUAGAAUAAAAACGGGGGCAUGUGCUGGUCGGCGGCCGUUUCAGAUUCAGUGGAAAUUCGGGUUAUGGGGAACUCUGCUUCACUAUACAAACUUUAGGGUUUACGAACCAUGUUCAACAACCAAUUUAGUUCAUAAAUCUAGGUUCCACUUUAAUCUGUGACCCAGUUGAAGGUCAACAACAAACAGUUUCCAUUCUAUGAACACAUUGACUAGAAUAAAAACGGGAGCGUGUGCCGGUCGGCGGCCGUUUCAGAUUCAGUGGAAAUUGUGGCUUAAGGGGAACUCUACUUCACUAUAAAAACUUUAGGGUUUACAAACCAUGUUCAAGAACCAAUUUAGUUUGUAAAUCUAUGUUUGACUUUAAUCUGUGACCUAGUUAUAGGUCAGCAACAAACAGUCCCGGCCUUUUUUCAUUUCUAUAAACACAUUGACUAGAAUAAAAACGGCGACGUGUGCCGGUCAGCGGCCUGGGUUAUGGGGAACUCUGCUUCACUAUACAAACUUUAGGGUUUAGGAACCAUGUUCAAGAACUGUUUUAGUUUGUAAAUCUAGGUUCCACUUUAAUCUGUGACCUAGUUGUAGGUCAACAACAAACAGUCCCGGCCGCAUUUCCUUUCUAUAAACAACUACGAGCCCAACAACUCAAUUGUCGUUGCAUAUCAUCGGUAGACGUGCCAGCUGCUUCCAGACCGUCUGUCCUUAACUUCAUGUAUAGCGCCAUGGAUGGCGACGCGAGGCUGGGAUUAGCUCAUUAAGAUGGACAUCUUUGAUGCGCGGUUAUCUUUCUCAUUUCCUCAGCAACCUGAUCAUACGCAAGGCUCUCGAGGCACACGCGAGCACAAAGACCCCACUCACACGCACGGUACACACGGACGGGCCGUGAAAGCUCUAGAGAUCAGGGCCCGACUGAGAUAUGGAGUGUAGAUGUGCAGCAACAGCUAAACGUCGUGUCAGGUUUCUGGGGGCUCGUGCUAAAUUUAACCCAGUGAUCCUGCAGCAGUGCAGGGUUUAAAUGCCAGCCUACAGUUGCUCCACACCAGUUGUUCACCACACAUCUUCCACUCGUCACAAACGCAGGCCAAGGACGAAGGCAAGGCACACACGCGUCCACUCUGACACACACACGUCCAGGGACUUGAAGGGAGUGUUUGAUAUAGCGGCUCCGAAGGGGAGGCAAGGGAUCUUCUGUAACCUCGCGCACACACCACAACAAGAUGGAGCUUUUUGAGACCAACCCUUACUUCUUCCCAGACCAACGCUUUUAUGAAGGAGGGGAUAACUACUUCCCCGCUCGCCUGCCGGGGGGUUACGAUCAAGUUGGCUACCAGGACAGGAACUCCAUGAUGGGCCUGUGCGGGAGUCUGCCUGGAGGUGUCGGAUUGGCGCCACCCGAGGACAAACCCUCACCGUCCAGCCUGUCGCCGCACUCCGAGCCCCACUGCCCGGGCCAGUGCCUGCCGUGGGCCUGCAAGCUGUGCAAACGCAAGACGGUGACCAUGGACCGCCGGAGAGCGGCCACGCUGAGGGAAAAGAGGCGCCUGAAGAAGGUCAACGAGGCUUUUGACGCCCUGAAGAGAAGCACUCUGAUGAACCCCAACCAGAGGCUGCCCAAGGUGGAGAUCUUGAGGAGCGCCAUUCAGUACAUUGAAAGGCUUCAGGCUUUGGUGUCUUCCUUCAACCAGCAGGACACGGACAUGGGGCAGCAGGGACUACACUACCGGGCCGGACAGAACCAACCCAGAGUGUCGUCGUCAAGCGAGCCCAGUUCGGGCAGCACCUGCUGCAGUAGCCCAGAGUGGAGCAGCACACCAGAGCAGUGCACGCAAAGCUACAGCAGCGAGGAGCUUCUAAGUGCCGCCGACUCUCCGGAGCACGCCGACAUCCAGGCCCUGAGCUCCAUCGUGGACAGCAUGGCGGCAACAGACGGAUCCCUGCCCUUUCCCGUGGACAUUCCCAAAUAAAAACUUUCACAAAGCGGACCGAGAGGAAGCACGCCGUCCCUCAAGACACAAAGCAGGCUGAUAUUUUCAUAUUUCAAUCACCUUUACUCUGACAGUAACGAAUGAAUUCCACCUUUGGCUUUAUUUCCUUUAUUCCCUGCCUUAAAGCCACAGUCCAAACGUUGCAUGAACAAGGGCCUCGUUUCUCUCCUUACUUAAUUUAAGCUUUCCUCUUUUCCGAAACCUUUCCCUGAUCUAUCAUUCUAGUUUUGUGUGUGUUUUUGACGCAAACGACAAAAGAACCAUGAAAGUAUUUGUGGGGCCAACAUGUGACCACGGCAGUUUUGACCAAGAUCUGCUUAAAUGUUAAACUGGUUACCGAUGCUAGUGAUGUAAAUACGUUCCCUUUUUCUACAGAGUGGUUUUGCCAGCUUAUUUUGUAUUGUUUUGUCUUUUUUUUUGCUAACUUAUUGUUGACUUUUAUAAUUAAGAUUGUUGUGUAUUUGUAGAUGUUUGGAAAUGUGAUAUUUCCUGACCAGUCCUUGCAAUAA